AUGGCCGUGGUCGCCGCCGCCCGCCGAGCUCUGUCCGCGCUGCUGCUGGGCCGGGGCCCGGCGCUGCCGCCCGCGCUGCGCCUGUCCCGGCCCGCCCCGGCCCCGCUCCCGGCCCCGCUCCCGGCCCCGCUCCCGGCCCCGCUCCGCGCAUACAGCCAGGUCACAGAUGCUCCGUCCCACGAAGGUCGUCUGUCACAGCAGGAGCCCGCCUCACCCAAGUCGGAAAGCGACACUGUCUAUCUCGUCAGGGCGCAAGGAUUCCCGUUCUCGUGCACCGAGGAAGAUGUCCUUACCUUCUUUGAUACCUGCAGAAUUCGAAACGGUGAGAACGGGAUACACUUCCUCUUAAACAGAGAUGGGAGGCGCAGGGGGGAUGCCCUGAUCGAGAUGGAGUCCAAAGCAGACGUGCAGAGAGCCCUGGAGAAGCACCUGAGGUACAUGGGCCCACGCUACGUCAAAGUUUUUGAGGUGCACGACAGCGACGUGGAGGGUUUGCUGCGGAGCCUGCGGCACGAGUCGCAGGCCAUGAAUGACGGGGUCGUGCUGCUCCGAGGCCUCCCCUUCACCUCCACCGAGGAGGACAUUGCAGAUUUCUUCUCAGGUUUGAGAAUAACAGACAUAGCUUUCAUUUACCGGGGAGAUCGAAAAACAGGAGAAGCUUUCGUGCAGUUUGAGACUCCCGAAAUGGCGGCCAAGGCCCUGCUGCGGCACAGGGAAUAUAUGGGAAAUAGGUACAUUGAAGUGUACGUGAGCAGAAAGCACCAGAUGCAGAGGCACGUGCCCUACAGCAAGCAGGUGAUGGCCUAUUCCAGGGAGAGAAGAGAGUAUGAAUCCAUCUCUGAAGACAGGGGCUGGAGAGACGCUGGAGGCUCCUGUGCCAAAGGAGAAAUCAAACUGUGCAGGGAAGGAACAGAAAGCUCCAGAAACGUUCUGGAAUCUGAGAAGACCUCAUCAUUACCAGAGCACUAUGUCCACAUGAGGGGUUUUCCUUCCCAGGCUAGUGCCCAGGACAUAAUAAAUUUUUUUGCUCCGCUGAGGCCCACAAGGAUCUUGGUGGAAUAUAACUCCCAUGGAGAUGCCACAGGACAGGCGGAGGUGCACUUUGAGAGCCACGAGGACGCAGUCGCAGCGAUGGCCAAGGAGGGGUCACAGAUGGACAGCUGUGCCAUUGAAUUGUUCCUGAACGAACACCCCAGGGGCAAGGAGAACUGCUAGUGCCAGCAGCAGCGGCGCAGGUUUGGCCCAGCGAACACAUUCCCUGGGUUUGAGCACCAAGAUCAGGUCCAAGCGUCACCACUCAGCGAGGAGGACAAGCCAAGACUAGUUCACCCUUGUGUAAGAGCUUGUAAUAAAGGUGAGGG